CCAAUGUAAGCUUUCCGGCAGGCAACCCAACAAUUUUUUUGCGAAGAGCUCGUGGAUUCCAGUCUUGGAAACUACAAACCGACAGCCCAGCCCGAUAGCCCACGAUUCUUACCAUCAGUGAGCGGCUCUUCCUCCCAAUAUGUCUGCAAACGCGGGCGAAAGCUCGCACGAUGCGGUAACAGAAAGCAGUCAGAAACACGAGAAGAAGCACAAGAAAGCCAAGUCGGACCACAAGAAGAAGAGGGCGCGGGAGGACGACGAUGCUGCCGUAGUAGAAGAGACGCCGAGAAAGUCAAAAAAGACCAAGGGCACGGAUGCCGAGGAACGGGCAGAGCAACCCGCAAGCCUCGAGUUAGGCUCCGAUGAGCUGACAAAGAAGAAGAAGAAGAAGCAGAAGGCACAGGAGGAGGACGAAGAACGACAAAAUGGACCAACGGUGUCAGAAGAGCCGAAGAAGCACCGCAAAACGUCCGGCAAACAUGUAAAGGACGCUGAACAGCCCGAGCCUGAGGCGAUGGAGGUUGACACCCCGGAAACGGCGCCGGUGGAGGAGGAGCGCAAGUCGGACAAGAAGCGCAAGCAAAAGAAGUCCAAAAAGCAUAAAUCUGAAGAGGCUGAAGAGAUGCCGAAGAAGGAUUUGGACGAGGCAGAUGGAGAAGGAAAAGAAAAGAAGAAGCGCAAGAGCAAACAGAGCUCUACCACGAAUGCAACAACCCUCCAGGAGGCGACUUCAGGAUCGGCUGCUGAAAUGCCAGCGGAUGCCGACUUCCCCUUUUUCACACAGACGAUCUCGCUCUACGUUCCAUUCUUUCCCGUCGGAUUCGACAAGCCUCUGACCAACGUGGCCGCCCAACACCUCGACCCGCUCUUGAACCACUAUUCACCGCUCCUGCGUGGUGUACUCCUCGGCUACUCCAACCUCAAUCUGUCGGACAGACCGGCUAAGGCGAGCUUAACUCACCCGCCAACCGACGAAACCCCGGCCUUGCUGCACUCGAUUGACGAGUAUGCCGUCGGAUUCGGCUGGCUGACAUUCGACGCCCAAUUGUUCGUCCCGUCUCGUGGCAAGUGGAUGGAGGGAGUUGUGCAACUCCAGAGCGAGGGGCAUAUCGGCGUGGUCUGCUGGAAUAAGUUCAAUGCCAGCAUUGAGGCUAAGCGUUUGCCGAAAGGCUGGAAGUGGGUUGACUUGGCCAAGGGCGGCGUCAAGUCCAACGCGUCUCCCGCACCCGACCAGGAGGGCGAGCCGGAGGACCAGUCAGACAUUCUUGAUGGCGAGGAGUUGCAAGUUGUGGAGCAGAUCCAUACCACAGGUUAUUGGGUCGACCAGAAAGGAAAGAAGGUCAGUGGCAAGUUGCGGUUCCGUAUCAAGAACUUCGAUGUCGGUCUAGCGGGCGACUACGGGUAUCUCAGCAUCGAGGGCACUUGUCUGGACGACGAGGCCGAACGGACUCUUGCUGCUCAGGAACGCGAGGCAGAGCGGGCCCGCCGGGCAAAGCAAAAUCCCGGUGGCCUUCUCCGGCCGCUUUCACGGAGGGUACCCGAGUUCAGCAUGACCAAGUUCGGGAGGGAGGACGAGGAAGAGGACGGCGGGCAACGGACCGUCCUGUACAAGGGCAGCCGCCCUGGCACGCCCGAUGACUAGGUGUUGUCUGGGCUCACACGUCAGCUCUCUUCCCCACCCUCUUCCGCGCGCAGUUCGACGCGGAGCCCAGGGUUUUGUUGAUUUGCUUUGGCGUCAAACGGCUUCGGAGUUUGGGAGGAGGUCUGCAUCGAAGCAUGAAUAUUGAAGCGACCA